CAAAAAUAAUUAUUUUAAUUUUUUUUCAGUUUUGAGGUGAUCAAGGUUAUUCAUGAAAAGUUGUUGGAUAUGGUGGGGCAAGUGCAAGUCCCCAUUAUGUUGGUUGGAAAUAAAAAAGAUCUGCAUAUGGAAAGGGUGAUCAGUUAUGAAGAAGGGAAGAGUUUAGCUGAUUCUUGGAGUGCUGCUUUCAUGGAAUCGUCUGCCAAAGAGAAUCAGACUGCAGUCGAAGUCUUUAAGCGAAUAAUUAUGGAGGCUGAAAGGGCGGAUGGAGGCUGUCAGCAAGCAAAAUCUUCAUGCUCUGUAAUGUGAGCCCUGAAGAUGCUGAUGAAACUGCUCCACUUGAAGAGGCAUACUGCCACUUUCCCUUUAAAUAAAAAUGAUGCCUUUUUACCAGUUCUACAGAUGGUCAGAGACUUCCUUUUACUUUCCUCACUUAUGUUGAACUCUGACCUUUUUGCAAACAGCUUCACUUCGGCAUAAAAAAAACUUAAAAGCAAUUCAUAUUUUUCAAAUUGUAUAUUGUAUUUCUUGACACAGGCAAUGACUAAUCAUUUGCCAACAUUUCAUUCUUCAUGUAGCGUGAAUGUCAGUUGAAAGUAGUUGAUUGUAAACUUCAAACUGAAAAAUGCAUAUUGUUACACUACUAUUUACACAAACAGGCUUAGAUAUAUCAGUGUUUUUCUUCAUGUAUGUACAUUGUAAAUAAACAUUAGCAGCAAACAGAUUUGUUUUUAAUACUUGCUGGUAGAAAAAUACUGUAUUAAGUCUAUUGUUUUUAGUAGACUCACUGUACAAAGGUAUUUUAAAUCAAUCGAGACGGGUUGUAUUUAAGAUGAUGCUUACACCUCGUUCUUGCUCUGAGCAUGGAGCUUGCAGGAAUCCCGAAGUUGACUGACAUCUGCUUUUUUUUUUGUUUCUAAUACUUUUUAAGUUGAAACCAGUGAAGACAACAUUUCAUUAAUUGAAAGUCAUAAGCUUGCUGUGUGUAGAUUUCUAUUGUGUAUUUAAAUGGGUUUUCAGCAGGCUAAAGGUUUAAACUUGAGGUAUCUAAAAAUGCAAUGCAACAAAACAAAUUUUUAUAUGUAUUUAUGAAAUUGUUAUCAUUCACUCGUUUAGAAACAUAAAAUUGAUUAAUGUAGCUAUUGACAAUCUGCAGUAGUACAACUGCUUUAUAAUAUCUACUUUUUAAGCAGACCAUCCUUCAAUAAUUAUUUGUGUAGGUGAUACUAAUGCAUAAAUAUUCACAUGGACUGCCUUUAAAAUUUUCACUGGGUAACAUUUGUCAGUGUUCACAGGAAAAUGCAUUUCAUGAUUUCCCCCAUUAAUUUGCAAAAACUGCUGAGGAUUUCUAAUGUCCUAUUCUAUCAUCGUUUGUUGUAAUUCCUACAUACAGGGUAUUUGCCAACUAAUAAAAAGUGGGAUUUAGUAUAUGGAUAGAUGUAAUGAAAUUUUGUUUGCCUGAAGUAAUGCAAAAUAUUAAUUUUUUUUAAGUUAAAGUAAGAUGAGGAAGGCUUAGCUUGUCUCUCGACUAUAAAUUUGUUGUGAUGCCUUUUGGUCUAUAACCCUGGGCAAUGCUAUUUACAACACAAUGAAAAUAUUACUGUGAUCGGUCAAAAAUGCAAUAAAAAUAUUUUAAUCUCA